UCGAUCCAAAGGUCUUGAGCUUUAAAACCAUGUUGGAGAUUGCACAGAGGCUAGGCUUGGUUAGUGGAUCAAGUACACCAGCAUCAUCUAAAAAAGAAACCUCUAUUAGCCCAAUAUGUUCUCUUACAGGAUUACAAGAAGUAUGUGGCUCUCUUGGGUGCCCGUAUAGCCCGUAAUGGACACCCUUGGAAAAAAAAAAUCUGGAAAAGAGACUUUUCUCUUAUGUGAUUUUCUCGGUAUGAACUAGAAUAAGUUUGCCCAUGACCAAAUUUAUCCUUGUAAAAUUAGAAUAAUCAAAUAGAAUAACAUCGACCUGUUGCCCGUUGGGUACGCCUGGUUGCAAAUCUUGCAGCAAUGUGGGGAGUAUGAUUGCGCCUAUGAUUCUUCUCCUCCGAUCAAGGUCAGGUCUUCAUUCUAAUCAGAAUCUUUCUUGGCUUCGUACUUGUCUCCUUAUACCCCGUCUACACGUCUUACUGUAAUUACCGACAAAGACAAUCAACACCGACACCUUCGUUUCAAACUCCACAUUAACACGACACCUUCGUUUCAAAUUUCCAAGAAGUGGAUUGCUUUCCUUUGAAAAAACAAUAUCUCAAAUUUAUUUAUUUAUUUUUGUGUACAAAAAUCAAAUGUGGAAAAAUAUCCGUACCCAUGAAUUAGCAAUAUCGAUAACUGAUAUCUUGUUAUCGAUAGGACUUCAAAAAAACAAAAUAUCGAUCAACUCUCUAUAAAUUAGCAAUCAAGAUGACAUAAGGUUCACUACCGUACCCAUGGCUUCUUCUCGCACUUAUCCGACUCCAUUAAUGUCGUUUUUCUAUCUUUGCCUUAUCAUCUUAUUCCUCAGUACUUCCUCUCAGUCGUUAUCAAGUGAAACAGAGGCUCUACUCAAAUGGAAAGCCACUCUCCAAAACUACUCUGUCUCUGCUCUCCGUUCUUGGAAGCUUACAUCAUCAUCAUCAGCACCAAUCCCCUGCUGCAACUGGUUUGGUAUAACUUGUAACAAAGCCAGAAGCAGUGUGAUUGAGAUUAGUCUUCCGGAAGUGGAGCUGCAAGGUACGCUUGACAACUUCACCUUCUCUUCCUUUCCUAAUCUCCUCUGUCUCAAUCUCAGUGGCAAUGGACUCACAGGACCCAUACCAGUGCAUAUUGGUAGCCUCUCCAAACUCAUCCUCCUUGAUCUCUCCAAUAAUUAUCUUUCCAGCGUUCUGCCUCCCUUAAGUAAUUUAAGCAGCCUACACUUCUUAGACCUCUAUGGCAAUGAAAUCAGUGGAAAAAUUCCUUUAGAAAUAGGGAAUAUGAAAAAUCUGGUUGAGUUAGCAAUAGCUUCGAAUAAAUUCACUGUGCCUACAGAAAUCAGAGAUCUGAAAAAUCUGAUUUACUUGGAGCUAUCUUUCAACAACCUCAGUGGUCCAAUCCCUCAUUCUCUAUCUAAUUUAAUUAGACUAGAGAGCCUCUAUUUGCAUUCGAAUCAAUUAUCUGGUCCAAUUCCUUCUGAAAUCGGAGAUAUGAAAAAUCAGAUUGACUUGGAGCUAUCUCAAAACAACCUUAGUGGUCCAAUCCCUCAUUCUCUGUCUACAUUAACUAGACUAGAGUUUCUCUAUUUGGAUUUGAAUCAAUUAUCUGGUCCAAUGCCUUCUAAAAUCGGAGAUAUGAAAAAUCUGAUUGACUUGGAGCUAUCUGAAAACAACCUCAGUGGUCCAAUCCCUCAUUCUCUGUCUAAUUUAACUAGACUAGAGUUCCUCUCUUUGAAUUCGAAUCAAUUAUCUGGUGCCAUACCUCAAGACUUUGGUAGCCAAGCAUCCAUUGUAGAAUUCCAGUUGUGCAACAACCUCUUAUCUGGAAGCUUACCGCAACAAAUAUGCCAAGGACGAUCACUUCAAAGAUUAGUGGUUCAAAACAAUAAACUUACAGGUCCUAUUCCUGACUUCAGAAAUUGCACAACUUUAAUGAGAGUAAGACUUGAAAAAAACCUAUUAGUAGGAAAUAUAACUGAUAGUUUUGGUGUAUAUCCACAUCUUUAUUACAUUGAUAUGAGUCACAUUAGACUAUAUGGAGAGCUAUCACCAAAUUGGGAAAAAGGUAAGAAUUUGUCCGUUCUAAAGAUUUCUGGAAAUAAUAUUAGUGGGAAGAUACCACCUGAGAUUGGUCAGUUAACACGACUCGGACUACUUGACCUUUCUUUCAACAAACUUGCUGGGGAGAUUCCAAAGGAACUGGGCAGCUUAUCCACUUUGUUCCACUUGAAUUUAAGUGGCAACCAUAUUUCAGGGCAUGUACCAAUUGAAAUUGGCAAUUUAAUCAAUUUGGAGCUUCUUGACCUCUCUGCAAACAUGCUAACUAGAUCAAUCCUCACUCAGCUUCGUCAAUGCUCCAAAUUGUUGUCAUUUGAGCUGGAAUUCAUUGAAUGGAAGCAUUCCAUCUCAAAUUGGUGAUCUAGUAUCCCUACAAGUUCAAUUGGACCUUAGUCAUAACUCAAUUAGUGGACCGAUACCACCAGAGCUCGCAAAGUUGGUGAUGUUGGAAAUUUUGAAUAUAUCACACAAUAGGAUCACAGGCUCAAUACCUCUUUCUCUUGAAGACAUGGGUAGCUUAGUAU